AGGAGGGGCCCAUGUCUCCAGGUUCAAAAGCAGAGGGCGGUAAAUCCCGACCGUCGAUUGAAUGGCCUGUGAGUCCAUGAUUGCGCCGCAGAUAGAGAGAGAGUGGUUUUUAUUACCGUUUACUCCUUCAAAGCCAAGAAUAAAUAUUCAUACACCCCCCGAGUCCCCCCAAAUAAAUGCCCACCCGCUUUCUCCUCACUUUCCAUAAACCUCUCCAAAACUCUCUCUCCCUCUCUCUCUCUCUCCGAUUCCUCUGUUGGAAGAAAGGUCAAAAAACUCUCCGGCGACUCCGAUAAUCGGUUAAGAUGGUUUUGAUGAUAUAUUGUAGCAAAGAGGCCUAGGCUAUAGGCGGCCAUCAAGACAUUUUCUUUGCUUCCUUCCAUCACACUCCAUUAGAUGGGCUGUUUCCAGUCUAGAGCAACACAGCACUAUCUUGGACACGAAGACCCUGUGGUUCUUGCUUCCCAAACAGCUUUUAGUGUUAGCGAAGUGGAAGCACUGUUUGAGCUAUUCAAGAGUAUCAGCAGCUCAGUGAUUGAUGAUGGACUGAUAAGCAAGGAAGAGUUUCAGCUGGCUUUAUUUAAGAACAGAAAGAAAGAGAACCUUUUUGCUAAUCGGAUUUUUGACCUCUUUGAUGUGGAUAAAAAAGGAGUCAUUGAUUUUGGUGAUUUUGUUAGAGGGCUUAAUGUUUUCCACCCAAACGCCCCACAAGAAGAUAAGAUCAACUUUUCAUAUAGGCUUUAUGAUUUGGAUGGCACAGGGUUCAUUGAGCGUCAAGAGGUCAAGCAAAUGUUGAUUGCGCUUCUUUGCGAGUCUGAAAUGAAGUUGGCCGAUGAGACUGUCGAGAUAAUACUGGACAAGACAUUUUUGGAGGCAGACACAAACCAGGACGGGAAGAUUGAUAAAUGCGAAUGGCAUUCUUUUGUCACAAAAAACCCUUCAUUGCUGAAGAUAAUGACACUGCCCUAUUUAAGGGACAUAACGACCACGUUUCCAAGCUUUGUUUUCCAUUCCGAAGUUGAUGAAGUUGCUACUUGAUGAUGACAUGAUAAAUAAGAGUCGGAAGCGGGAAAUGUAGUUUAGCUUUCCCUUGUUAUUUUUCCAGGUAUCUGAGUUUUUUUUUCUUAUCAUAGGAGAAAAAGGCAGCAAAAAUGUGUUGUGCGAGGCAAAAUACAUUGUUGUUCUCUUAUGAACAAAAAAAAUGGCGUGUGGGGAGAGAGCCGGCUAGUGGCUGUGUGAGUUAAACCGGCAAGCCGCUCUAAUUGUAUAUUGUUAAAGGGGCCAUUCGCGUGCGCUUGUAUUACUGCCUGUUUGUUGCGGUUGUUAGGAGAAAACUAUAUUGAUGUAAUUUCAAUGAAUUUCGGCUUGUUGC